AUGUCGACGGCGACGCCUCGCGGCAGGUCGUCCCAGCGCCGCAGCCGGUGCAAGUGCGCUGGUGGCGGAGGCGACCGCUCAGCGCCGUGCUGCUUCCAUCCGCUGAGGUCCCUCUUCCGGUGCCCCGGCCGCGGCCGAGGUCGACGCAGCCGCAGCCGAAGCCGGCACGCGACGACGCCGUCCAAGGUUCGUGACGCGCCUGUCGCCGGCGCCGAGCAGGAGAGCGAGGAACCGUCCUUCUUCGUCUACGCCAUGCCGGACCAGGGCGGCGGCGCCGCAGCCGACCACAGCAAGAAGAAGAAGAACAAGAAGAAGAAGAAGAACAGGAAGGCGCGCCUCCCGUCUAUCCAUGCGUGCUUCCGCGGAAAGAAGAACAGGGAGCGGAAGGCCAGCGCUGCCGUGAUCGAGCGGCGCCAGGCGCUCACGCCGGCGCCGUCGUUGGUGACGCAUCCGCCGCACUCCCCGUCGACGCCCGAGAAGACGCGAUCGGUGGCGCCCUCGGUGACACAGCCGCCUUCACCAGCGGUGACCGAGAACGGCGGCACUCAUUCACCGGCGCUGCCCAACCGGAUUCCGGGGACGCCGAGGCCGGGAAAGAAGUCGACGGGCUCAUCAACUCCGUCACCGUCCCGGCCGCAGUGGCAGCAGCCGAAGCAGGUAGAGGGGCUGGAGAUCGUCGAGGUGGCCACCGGCGAGCGGCUGUCGGCGCACGACGUCGGGCUCAUCGAGAUGGUUGGCAGCUCCAAUGACGUCUCGGCGGAGUCGUCGGUGAAGUCGUCGCUGGACUAUGUCAACGAGCCUCCGCCGCAGCUGAGGGCGACGAAGCCGACGGCACUGGAGAAGACUCAGAAGAAGGCCACGGAGCCGCCAAGGCUGUGGCUUAAUGGCAAAACUGAGACGGGCACCGCUGGCGAGCGGUUCACCGGGCCGCCGGUGGCGGGGGAGGCCGACGAAUUGUGGGCGCACGACAUUGCCUGCAGCCGCGUCCACGCUACUAUGCUGGCUGAGACGGGUUUGAUAACAGCUGGCGAUAAGGACAUCAUCUUAGAGGGGCUUGAUCAAAUAGAGAAGCUGAUUCAGGAUGGAAAAUUUGAGUGGCGGACGGAUCGGGAGGAUGUGCAUAUGAAUAUUGAGGCAGCUCUGAUCGAAAAGGUGGGUGAACCAGCCAAGAAACUGCAUACUGCUAGGAGCCGCAAUGACCAAAUCGUGACAGAUCUCCGGCUGUGGUGUCGUGAUGCUAUCGACAAGAUUUUGUUCCGCAUCAAACAGUUUCAGGUGUCUCUUGUUUUGUUAGCUUCAAAAUAUGUUGACUUAAUAGUUCCUGGUUACACUCACCUGCAAAGGGCACAGCCUGUUUUGCUUCCGCAUCUCCUCUUAUCAUAUGUUGAACAGUUGGAGCGUGAUGCUGGGCGGCUAGUCAACUGCAGGGAACGGUUGAAUUUCUGCCCUCUUGGUGCUUGUGCUUUGGCUGGUACUGGACUUCCUAUCGAUAGGUUCAAAACAGCUAAAGAUUUGAAGUUUACAGCGCCAAUGAAGAACAGUAUUGAUGCAGUAUCAGACCGUGACUUUGUAUUGGAAUUUCUCGCUGCCAAUUCAAUUGCUGCUGUUCAUCUUUCACGAAUUGGUGAAGAGUGGGUCUUAUGGGCAUCAGAGGAGUUUGGAUUCAUCACACCAAGUGACUCUGUCUCUACUGGAAGCAGCAUUAUGCCACAGAAAAAAAAUCCAGAUCCAAUGGAGCUUGUUCGUGGCAAAUCUGCUCGUGUUGUUGGAGAUCUCAUGACUGUCCUCACCCUCUGCAAAGGCCUUCCACAGGCCUACAACCGUGAUUUACAGGAAGACAAGGAACCCUUGUUUGACAGUGUGAAGGCUGUAUUAGGAAUGCUUGAAGUAUGUACCGAGUUUGCUCAAAAUAUCUCCUUUAACUCAAAAAGAAUACAAAGUUCGCUACCUGCUGGCUAUUUGGAUGCCACAACGCUAGCAGAUUAUCUGGUGAAGAAGGGCGUGCCAUUCAGAACCUCGCACGAGAUAGUUGGAAGGUCUGUAGCUCUAUGCGUCUCGAAGAACUGUCAACUCGCCGAGCUUGGACUGGAUGACCUGAAAUCUGUUCAUCCCGUGUUCGAGGCCGAUGUUUACGGAUACCUUGGAGUGGAGAACGCCGUAAACAAGUUCAUUUCUUACGGCUCUACAGGCUCGGAGCAGGUCAAAAAACAGCUCGAGGAUUGGCGCACUCAGCUUGGGAUUAGUUCAUAAGGGUUGUGAAAGAGCUUGGGAAUCUGAUUAUUGUGGUUUCCAGUUUUCCGAAGUGGGUCGGAGUGUCAUGAACUUCUUUAUAGACGACAGUUCGCUGUUGCUUUAAUUUGAGAACGAUCGGUGCACUCUGUAUUGGGAACCAUAUUGUUUUGGUGAACUAUUGAACCGAAUAAUAGUACUUGGUUGUCA